UUCACCGCUGUUCUUCCACACUGAACUGAUUCAAUCCGACAACACGGCUUGACUCAGAGAGGCUAAGGAUCCCGAGUCAUGCAGUAUCUAUCGAACUCUCGUAGAAUCGUUCGGGUUCUAAAACCCCUUGAACUCUUCAAGUCUGAUGUGAGAUUUGCUUCUCAUGUUGUUGACUCUGCCCAAUCGCAGAACCAUCGAUCUACUUCAGUCCCUGUCUCUCCAGGGCUGAUGAUGCUGAGAUCAAGCUUUUCCUCUGAAGCAAAACUUGUCGAAGAUCCUACAGAGGCUGUCAAGGAGCUACACGGUAAGAUACUUGAUUCUGUGAAUGUCAAGAGAUCGAUGCCUCCGAAUGCUUUGUUGUGGUCACUGAUUGAGAAUUGCCGGAAGGAGGAUGACAUUAGUUUCCUCUUUGACGCUCUCCAGAAUCUCAGGAGAUUUAGGUUGUCUAAUCUCCGUAUACAUGACAACUUUAAUUGCAAUCUUUGCCGGGAAGUUGCUAAGACUUGUGUCCGUGUGGGAGCAAUCAACCAUGGUAAACGGGCUCUUUGGAAACAUAAUGUUCAUGGUUUGACUCCUAGCGUUGCAUCUGCUCACCAUUUACUGUCACAUGCGUUGGAGCACAAGAACGCUAACCUCAUGGACGAAGUGAUGAAACUCCUGAAGGCCAAUGACCUACCUCUUCAACCCGGUACAGCGGAUUUAGUUUUCAGGAUCUGCCAUGAGACAGAUAGCUGGGAUCUAUUAGCUAAGUACUCUAAGAAAUUCUGCAAAGCUGGAGUCAAGUUAAGGAAGACCACAUUUGAUGUAUGGAUGGAAUUUGCUGCCAAAAGAGGAGACACAGAGGCGUUAUGGAAGGUUGAUAAGCUGAGAUCUGAGACUUACACCCAACACACUCUUUCCGCAGCCUUUUCAUGUGCAAAGGGUUUUCUGCUAGAACAUAAACCUGAAGAAGCUGCUGCUGUCAUCCAAAUUAUCUCCCAGGCAUAUCCUGAUGAGAAGAAGUCAGCACUUGAAGCUGAAUUCAAGAAGCUGGUAAACGAGUGGCCUGUGGAUGUUGUCAAGCACCAAAAGGAAGAAGAUAAGAAGGCUGUAGCAGCUUCACUGAGAUCGGAGAUCCCUGCAAUGGUCAAUGCUUUGGCGAAGUCGGGUUUAAGAGUGAGUGUGGAUCUGGAUGAGUUAAACAAGAAUGAAGCUCUGCUCAACUGAGGACUUGGGAUCCAUUAUUCUGCAAGUAUAAGAUCUGUUUGAAUAAUAUUCUCAAAAUCUAUUGAGGGAAAAGUGUAGCAGCAGGGGAAUACACAUUUCUGUUUUAAGUUUCUUGCAUUUUACGGUUAAUAACUCUUUCUCCUUCUUUAGGGUUUUGUCUUUUGGGACAAAAAGAGUUGCACUUUUGUAGCCUCCCCCUCAAACAACGAGUUUUGGAAAAACCAACAGUAUUUUUUUAGUC